AUGACAGCACAAAUUCUUGCGGGCAAGACAUGUCUUGUAACUGGUGGCGCAGGUGGGCUAGGAAAAGCCAUUGCGACCAAAUACCUCGAAGCCGGCGCUAAUGUGGUGAUCUGCGAUGUCCAUGAAGAGCGUCUACAAGAGACAUCGAAAGAACUCUCGCCCAUGGGACCGUUCAAAGCCCUGAAGACGGAUAUCACCAAGAAAAGCGAAGUGGAGAGUUUGUUCGAGCAGAUUAUCCAGGAAUUCGGCAAGAUCGAUGUCCUUGUCAACAAUGCUGGUAUCAUGGAUAAAUGUGAUGCCGUUGCGGAAACCGAUCCGGAUGUUUGGGAUCGGGUUAUUGCUGUUAACCUGACGGCUCCGUUUCUGUUGAGCAGAUUGGCUGUUCAAAAUAUGCUCGAGCAGGAGAAGCCUGAUGGUCGCAUUAUCAAUAUUGUUUCUAUCGCUGGAAAGGCAGGAGGUGUCUCUGGUGCCGCCUACACUGCAAGCAAGCAUGGUCUCGUUGGCUUGACCAAGAAUACUGCUGCAUGGUAUGGCGAGAAGGGUAUUCGAUGCAACGCUUUGAUGAUGGGUUCGAUGCCUACAAAUAUUGCUGACUCGAUGAGAACGGGCUUGAAUGUGGAUAAUUUGCAGAGAGUGACGGGCAUUCUUGGGGCACUCAGGGUCCCUCUUUGUGAACUGGAAGAGUGUGCCGAGCUGUCUUUGCAAUUGGCUGGUGGCAAGGGUUUCAGCAUUGUGAACGGAGUCUGCAUUUCGGCUGACAACGGUUUCACCGCUGUUGUUGGUUGA